CGAGCGUCGUGUCAGCGACUGCGCCUCUGGCACCCGCCGAGCCUGCCUCUCACCACCACCUCCGCCUCGCACGUCUCACCCUCGCCGCUCCCGCAGCGCUCACCUCCGCCGCCGCUGCGCCCGCCGCGGCCCGUCCCGCGCGUGCGCCUCCUCCGCAUCAUGCCGCGCCUCUCGCUCCUCGCCGCGCUCCUCGUGGCGCUGGGCGCACUGCUCUGCUCCAGCGCCGCCGCCAGCGGGCUCGAGUUCGCCUUCUACCCACCCGGCUCAUCUUCACUGUCAGCGCUCGCCUUUGACCCGCCGAAGCGGCCCGCCGACUGCCCCGAGUGCCCCGCAUGCUUCAACUGCCAGCUGCCCGCGUUCACCUGUGCGCAGUACGGCACGUGCAGCGAGUACGACGGCCUCUGCGCCUGUCCCGUGGGCUUUGGCGGGCAGGACUGCCUGACGCCGCUCUGCGGCUCGCCAGCCGAGGGCAGCAAGCGCUAUCCGCGCACGGGCGACACAUGCGAGUGUGCGCCCGGCUGGAGCGGGCUGAACUGCAACGUGUGCGUGCCGCCGUCCAACACCACGCUGGGGCACGACGACGGCGGCGGCGUGAACCCGUGCGCCGAGGUGCGCCUGCACGGCGAGCGCCUCGGCGAGAACGGCACGUGCUACACGGGCGGCGCGACGGUGCGCCAGAGCUUCCAGGAGUGCGACGUGACGAACAAGAAGAUCACCGAGAUGCUCCCCGGCCGCCCGCCGCGUGUCACGUUUAGCUGCGAGAGGGAGGACGCGACUUGCAACUUCCAGUUCUGGAUCGGGCAGCAAGAGUCCUUCUACUGCGGCCUCGACGAGUGCGUCGAGACGCUGGAGCGCAGCAGCGGCAGCAACAGCACGAAGCACACGUGUGCCAAGGUCAAGUGCGAGUGCAUUCCGGGGCGCAUGCUCUGCGGCGAGAGCGGCAGCGUCGACAUUGGCGACUUCCUCACGGAAGAGAUCAAGGGCCCCGGAAGCAUGACGUGCAAGACGGGCAAGGAUGGCAAGCGGCAAUGCCGCUUUGACGAGCCGGGCAUGUCACAACUCAUCGGCGACGUCUUCGGCGACGAGGCCAUCUUCCUCUCGUGCCAGUCGGGCGAGUGCGUGCACUACUCGCAGGUGCCGGGCUACGCGCAGCCGGCACCUCCGCCGCCGCCGCGGCUCUUCUGGGUCAUCUUCUCGGCGGCGGCGGCAUUCCUCGUCGUGCUGGCGGUGAGCGCGGCGCUGUGGUUCCUGGGGCGCCACUACAAGCACGAGGAGCUCGGCAGCGUGCGUCUGCCGGAGGAUGAGGCGGCACGCCUCAUGGCAGACCAUGUGCCCGCCACGCUGCAUUUCGACGGCCUCUCGUACCGCGUCGGCGAGAAGCUCGUGCUCGACGGCAUCUCCGGCACUGUCAAGCCCGGCCAGGUCAUGGCUAUCGUGGGCGCAAGUGGCGCGGGCAAGUCGACCUUCCUGGACCUGCUGGCUGGCCGCAACAAGCGCGGCUCCAGCUCCGGCCGCGUGCUCGUCAACGGCCGCAGCAUCAGCAACGCCGACUACAAGCGCGUCGUCGGCUUUGUCGACCAAGAGGACUGCCUCAUGUCCACGCUGACUGUGUACGAGACGGUGCUCUACUCUGCCCUGCUGCGCCUGCCGCGUGAGAUGUCCAUCGCCGCCAAGCGCUUCCGCACCCUCGAGACGAUUGCCGAGCUGGGCCUGCUGGGCGUCAAGGACUCGCGCGUCGGCGACGCCGGCCACCGCAGCAUCAGCGGCGGCGAGAAGCGGCGCGUCUCGAUUGCCUGCGAGCUCGUCACGAGCCCGAGCAUCCUCUUCUGCGACGAGCCCACCAGUGGCCUCGAUGCGUACAACGCACACAACGUCGUCGAGAGCCUCGUCACGCUGGCGCGCAACUACAACCGCACCGUCGUCUUCUCGAUCCACCAGCCGCGCUCGAACAUCGUCGCGCUCUUCGACCACCUCGUCCUGCUCGCUGCCGGCAAGGCCGUGUACUCGGGACCGCUGGAGAAGUGCGGGCCAUACUUCGAGUCGAUCGAGCACGGCUGCCCCGCGGGCUUCAACCUAGGCGACCACCUCGUCGAUCUCACUGCGUCGGCCACGAACUCGACGCCGUCUGGCUCCGCCAACGGCUCCAGCGUCGCGGCGCCUGCGGUCGGCUCAGGCUACCGCGACGAAGAGGCGGGCCCGCACAGUGCCGCGACGGACACGGAGCUGCGCACGCGCUCCAACUCGACCGCCGCGGCCGGCACGCCGAGCACGCCCUCGUCGCUGCGGCAGAAGACGAGCCGACUGGCGACGGGCGUGCGCAAUGCCUUUGGCGCGCGGCCGCACGGCCCGACGAAGAUAGCGCCGCAGCUGGCGGCGCUGGUCGAUGCGUUUGCCGCCAGCGACAUUGCCCGACAGACGCACGAUGAGAUCGUGGCAUUCGAGGCUGCGCCGCGCGAUGCGGACGGCAACGAACUGCCAGACGUCAGCGACGCGGACCGCACGCUGCGCGGCUACGACAAGGCCAGUCUCUUCACGCAGCUCGUCAUUCUCUCCGGCCGCGCAUUCAAGAACCUCUACCGCAACCCGCAGCUCAUGGCGGCGCACUAUGCGAUGAGCGUCGUGCUUGCUCUCUUCUGCGGCGUCCUCUACUCGGGCAUCACCAACGACAUUGCGGGCUUCCAGAACCGGCUGGGCCUCUUCUUCUUCCUGCUCUCACUCUUUGCCUUCUCCACGCUCACGUCGCUCGGCGUCUUUGCCAACGAGCGGGCCCUGUUCGUGCGCGAGCGCGCCAAUGGCUACUACUCGCCCGUCACGUACUUCUUCUCCAAGCUAAUCUUCGACGUGCUGCCGCUGCGUGUCAUUCCGCCGUUCAUCUUUGGCUCCAUCGUGUACUUUGCGGUGGGCCUUGUGCCGAAGGUCGACAUCUUCUGGAAGUUCCUCCUCGUCCUCGUGCUCUUUUCGCUCGCUGCGAGCGCCGCGGUGCUCUUCAUCAGCAUCGCCAUCAAGGACACGGGCGUGGCGAACCUCGUGGGCACGCUCACGAUGCUCUUCAACCUGCUCUUUGCCGGCCUGCUCAUCAACCGCGACCGCAUCCCCGUGUAUCUGCGCUGGGCGCUGCACGGCAGCUUCAUGCACGCCGCCUUUGAGGCGCUGCUCAUCAACGAGCUCAAGACGCUGAGUCUCACUGAGGUCCGCUACGGCCUCUCCAUCGAAGUGCCGGCGGCCACGAUCCUGACGGUGUUUGGCUUCGACUCGCAGGCCUUCUGGUUCCCCGACGUGGCGUCGCUGGCCAUCAUCACCGGCGGCCUCUGGGCUGCGAGUCUGCUGUGGCUCUGUCUCUUUGUGCGCGAGGCAAAGUGAGCACUGCUCCUUGUCCGCACUGGCCGCGGCGGGAAAUGCAUCUUGGUUUCAUGC